UAAUUGUAUUUGAUAAUCGUGGCAUUGGAGAAUCAACUGUUUCUUCUUAUGAUGACCCUAUCACGAUAGAAUUAAUGGCUCAAGAUACAAUCGAAUUAAUUAGACAUCUUGGAAUUAAAAGAUUUAAUUUAUUUGGAGGGUCUAUGGGUGGCAAUAUAGCACUUUGUGCCGCCUUGAACGUUCCAUCCGAUCUUAAGCUGGAGAAAUUAAUCAUUGGCGCAAGUUUUGCACGUAUCAAAACAGAUCAUAAACUAUAUCAGAGUCUUGAUCAACUUUAUAAAUUACCAAACAUGGGUUAUCCAAAAACUAUUCAAGAACAAAGGGAUAUGCUUCUUAAGUCAGACAAGGAUGCAGCCGAUUAUCUACUUAAACAUCCUGAUAAGUUUGAUAAAAUUGCGGAGAUCAUAUUCAACACCAACACUGAAAUUUGUAAACGUCAAUGGGAAGCGGUAAAACAAUUUGACGUAGUUUCAAGGCUACAAGAAAUUAAAGUUCCAACUUUGAUAGUUCACGGUGAAGUCGAUGAUGUGGUUCCUAUUGAAGAAGCUGAAUUGAUUGCUCGUGAAAUUCCCAAUGCACAACUUUAUAAAAUUCCUAAUACUGGGCAUAG